GAAGCGGUAUGGCACCAGAGGCGCAGAGGGGCUCGGGAUAAAGGGUGAAGCCGUCAGUGCUCCUGGAAACGAAGCUGCCCCAAAUUUCUGAGUCACCGUGGAAAGAGGACCGCACCACCAUCUUGAAACUGGGCAAACCGAAGCAAGAAACGCUGCCAUAUUGAAUCUUUGCCAGCUUUGUGCUAAAGGGAGCGAGCGAGGGCCUAGGGGAGGGGGGUCUAGUGUGGACGGAAGGAAGCGUCCAUAUGCUUUAUAGGCAUAUGAAGCCAUACUGACUGCCACGUCAGGACGGGAGCAGACGUUGAAUACGAACGAGGGACGUCAUGCCGCUUGCGUGUGAGCAUGGGCAUGUAGUCAUGCCGCUUGCCUACGCUUGUGUGAGCAUGGGCAUGCGGUCAUAGUUGUUGCGGGCAAUUCGAAACAGUAGCUAAAGUCUUUGGCCAUAUUUUCCAUCCGUGGGCACCCUUGCUGUCGCUCUUGCCCACGGCUUGCCGACGUAGCUUCUAGUUGCUAUUUUGAUUUGAGGCAUGCAGGAUAAGGGAGGAGGAGUGUACACAAUGGAGGAGGGGCAGCCACACGGAAAUGACGCAAGAAGCCGCCAUGCCUUUUGAGGGCGGCGACGGCGCCUGGCCGGCCAUGCUGGCUACGGGCACGGCUCGGAUGGCGUCUGGGCGGCCAGAGGAACUGUGGGAAGCCGUCGUGGGGGCCGCCGAGCGCUUUCGGGCCCGCACUGGCACAGAGCUGGUAUUACUGACUGCAGCACCGCCGCCACCGCCCCGCCCUGGACCCUGUGCCUAUGCCGCCCAUGGCCGCGGAGCCCUGGCAGAGGCCGCCCGGCGCUGCCUCCACGACAUCGCACAGGCGCACAGGGCUGCCACUGCCACCCGACCUCCUGGUCCCCCACCAGCACCACAGCCGCCCAGCCCUGCUCCUAGUCCACCACCUCGGCCAGCCCUGGUCAGGGAGGAUGAGGAGGAAGAUGAGGAGGAGCCCACUGAAACAGAGACAUCUGGGGAGCGGCUGGGCGGUAGCGAUAAUGGAGGUCUCUUCAUGAUGGAUGAGGAUGCCACCCUCCAGGACCUGCCCCCCUUCUGCGAGUCAGACCCGGAGAGCACAGACGACGGCAGCCUGAGCGAGGAGACACCCGCUGGUCCCCCAGCCUGUCCCCAGCCCCCGGCCACAGCCCUGCCUACCCAGCAGUAUGCCAAGUCUCUGCCCGUGUCGGUGCCAGUGUGGGCCUUCAAGGAGAAGAGGACAGAAGCCCGAUCGUCAGAUGAGGAGAAUGGCCCGCCCUCCUCGCCCGACCUAGACCGAAUAGCGGCCAGCAUGCGCGCGCUGGUGCUGCGGGAGGCUGAGGACACCCAGGUCUUCGGGGACCUUCCGCGGCCGCGGCUCAAUACCAGCGACUUCCAGAAGCUGAAGCGGAAAUAUUAAGCGUGCAGAAAGCCUCGGCCUGCGAGAGGCCACUGCCUCUCGCUCGGCCCAGCAAGAGAACAAUUCUUUCCGGGAUUGGCUGGCUCCGGUUGGGCGCGGCCGGUUCUAAACGCUCCGAGGGUCAACUCCGUUUCUUGCCUAGCAAACGAAGCUUUGCCCGCACAGCCUUGACUCGCGGCCCCAGCGCGGAGCCGGGCUGCGGGAGCUGGCGCUGCUCAGCCAGUGUCGGAAGAGUUGCCCGCCGCCCUUCCAGAGUUCCCCUACCCGAUUGGUCCCGGCCUCCUGGGAGUGUGGCCAAGCCCUCCCUAACCCAGAAUUGGCCCGAGGCCUUGAAUUUCUUACACUACUAGGGCUGUUAAUCGAUUGUUUUUGUUUUUGUUGUUUUCUUUGCCUGAGUCCUGACAAUUGUAUCCCGGUUCCCCAGGGGACAGUCUGGGUCCCUCUCUGCGUCUGACGCCCCCUAUAGGUUCCACCGCACGACAGCCUGUCCAUCAAAACUUGUCCUGUACCCAGGACGGUACCAGCUUCCUGUCCCCCGACCCUAACAGGUGCCUUAAAAGGCCCUCUCCCACCCAAGGUGGGGGGGCCGGGGGGGCCUCACUUUCCGGCCCUAGACUUGGGUGCGGGAGAGUGGGAUGGGGGUAGGGAGGGGCGCUCUGAGAUUAAAGUUUUACCUCUGACUAGUGAGUU